GCCCAUGGGCUUGCUGAGCAGCCGAGUCCUGCGCCAGCCGGGGCGAGCCCGAGCUCAGCAGGACCCGGGGUCUGGGGCUGGGGGCUCGGCCCGGAGGCAGGAGACUGGCGGCGACGCGGCCGGCCACGGCUUCUGUUACUGCCCGGGCAGCCGCAAGCGCAAGCGGAGCAGCGGGGCCUUCUGCUACUGUCACCCCGACUCUGAGACAGACGAGGAUGAGGAGGAAGGGGACGAGCAGCAGCGGCUCCUCAACACCCCUCGAAGGAAAAAAUUAAAGAGUACCUCCAAAUAUAUUUAUCAAACAUUAUUUUUGAAUGGUGAAAAUAGCGACAUUAAGAUUUGUGCUCUAGGAGAAGAAUGGAGUUUACACAAAAUGUAUUUAUGUCAAUCUGGCUACUUUUCUAGUAUGUUCAGUGGUUCUUGGAAAGAAUCCAGCAUGAAUAUUAUUGAACUGGAGAUUCCUGAUCAGAAUAUUGAUAUAGAAGCACUGCAGGUUGCAUUUGGGUCACUGUAUCAAGAUGAUGUCUUAAUAAAGCCCAGUCGAGUUAUUGCCAUUUUGGCAGCAGCUUGUAUGCUGCAGUUGGAUGGUUUAAUACAGCAGUGUGGUGAGACAAUGAAGGAAACAAUUAAUGUGAAAACUGUGUGUGGCUAUUACACAUCAGCAGGGACCUAUGGAUUAGAUUCCGUAAAGAAAAAGUGCCUUGAAUGGCUUCUAAACAAUUUGAUGACUCAUCAGAAUGUUGAACUUUUUAAAGAACUCAGUAUAAAUGUCAUGAAGCAGCUUAUUGGUUCAUCUAACUUAUUUGUGAUGCAAGUGGAGAUGGAUGUAUAUACAGCUCUUAAAAAGUGGAUGUUUCUUCAACUUGUGCCUUCUUGGAAUGGAUCUUUAAAACAGCUUUUGACUGAAACAGAUGUCUGGUUUUCUAAGAGGAGAAAAGAUUUUGAAGGUAUGACCUUCCUUGAAACUGAGCACGGAAAACCGUUUGUGUCAGUAUUCAGACAUUUAAGGUUACAAUAUAUUAUCAGUGAUUUGGCCUCUGCAAGAAUUAUUGAACAAGAUUCUCUAGUACCUUCAGAAUGGUUAUCUUCUGUGUAUAAACAGCAGUGGCUUGCUAUGCUCCAGGCAGAACAAGACAGUGAGGUGGGGCCUCAAGAAAUCGAUAAAGAAGAAUUAGAGGGAAAUUGCAUGAGGUGUGGUAGAAAGCUUGCCAAAGAUGGUGAAUUACGUUUGGCCUCUUUUGAUAGUAGUGGAAAACUAAUAUGUAGUCGAACAACUGGCUAUCAAAUACUUACAUUUGAAAAGGAUCAGGAACAAGUAGUGAUGAACUUGGACAGCAGGCUUCUGAUCUUCCCUUUAUAUAUCUGCUGCAAUUUCCUGUAUAUAUCACCGGAAAAAAGAACUGAAAAUAAUUGUCAUCCAGAAAAUCCAGAAAACUGAGGAUCUCAUCAGUUGGAAACAGUAGCACUUUGAAAACUUUGGCCAGCUUUAAUUUAAUGGCCCUACUGAUAUUCACAUCCAAGGUGACUAACAAUGACAAAGGCCUUAUGAACUGUACAGAUAAUACAGAAGACUGUUCUUACCCUCAUUACAUUUCUAUGCAUAUAUGAAAAAACAUUUUAAAGCCAAGAAAAUAUCUGUGAAACCAUUUCUGUUAGAAAGAUGUCGACUCAUGCUUUUAAUUUAGCACCAGUAGAAAAUCACUGUAGGUACAUUUCACAUUUCUCUGCAGCCAAAUAUAGAUUUAGCUUUCAGCUUAAACUCUGAUCCUGCCUAAUGUUAGUGAACCUCAGUUAUCCAUCUGUGAAUUUACUUUUAUUUGGCUAAAAGAAUGCUAAAGGAAUCAGCUGAAUGGCCAAUUACAAAUGCUCUUUCAAUUGGUGCAUUUAAAGCCAUCCUUUAAUUUUUUCAACUGCUCUUU